AUGCCGAUGCAAGACCGCGAUCCCUCCCAAUCGUCCCAGUUCCACCAGAACGGUUUGGGUCAGGCCCUCGGCACCCACCUCGCGCCCCCCGCCCAGUACACCCGCACUCACGACUACCGCAACCCCUCCACAUCCCCGCCCACCCUCGCCCAGCCCGGCGCUCCCGCAGCCUCCCACUCCCCCCUCACCUUCACCGUCCAGGGCCCCGCAGCCUCCCCAACAACCAAGCGCAAGCAGAUCGACUCCGCCGCCAACGCCCAGCUCAGCAAGCGCAGGCGCGCAGACGGCGCAGACGACCAGGAGCCCUACGACAUCGAUGGCACCGCGCAGGGCGCAAAGCACUGGACAGACGACGAAAAGUCCAAGCUCUUCCACUGGCUCAUGGGCCAGGGCCAGGAGGACCACUGGAACGCCCUCCGCGCCACCAAGAACUCGUGUCUGCGCGAGUGUGCCGUGGAGGUCUUUGGCGGCAAGAAGACGUACCAGGCCCUCAAGGGCUGCUACGAGCGCAACUUCAACCUCUUCAAGCAGAUCUACGCCUUCGAGAACGCCCACGGCCAGGGCGCAACCACCAACAUCGCAGCGCUGAGCGAGGCCGACCGCCUCCGCGAAUACGAGCGCCGCCUCCAGAUCGCGCGCAAGGCAGGGAGUGAUGUCGGGAAUAUCACGGCGCGGACGAUAGACCACUGGCAUCGCGUGGGCUGGUACGACCUAUUCUAUCGACGGUGGCACGGCGACCCCGCGACAACUCGCCCGGUCCAAGGCCGCUCCUCGGGCGGCGUGGGCAACGCGAACAUGGGUGGCGGCGGAGACGACGUCGAGGACGAGGACCCAGCAACGCUAGACUUCAACGAUCCGUCAAACAUUAAUGGCCUUAACGGCCUCGACCGCCAACAACAACAACAACAGCCCCAGCAACAACAUCCCCAGACCUCCCAGCAACAUCCCCAGCCAUCCCAACAACAGCCCCAGCAGCAGCAUGUAUACAUUAACCCGCAAGACCUGCGCGAUAAUAAUCCCGGCGCACACGCGGCGCCACCCACUCAACUCUCCGGGGGGCCGCCUCCACCGCCACCCCAAGCACAACAAGCACACCAGCAGCAGGCGAGCAUGCGGCACGCCUCGCACCCACACCCGCACGCGCAGGUGCCCCAUUCCCAUCCCCAGCCUCCGCCCCAAACGCCUCUCGCCACUUCCUCUUCCUCCUCGGGCAGCAGUCUAGGUGGCGGCGUGGGUGUGGGUGUGGGUGUGAGCCCCGGUGUUGGUGUCGGCGCAGGUGUGGUCGGGAUCCCAGCAGACGGUCCAGCGGUGAACCUCGCACUGACGCAGGACCUCCUCUCGCGGUGCCUGCAGUACCUAAACCUGCAGACCAAGGUCGCGCAGGAGAAGCUGGACUAUCUGCGCCGCCGCGAGGCGCGCGAGAUGAAUGAGCUCAAUGCGCGCAAGGACCUGGAGAAGACGCAAACCACGAAGCAGAAGACGGAGAGGGCUUUUGAGCUCAUCAACAACCCCCAGACAGACGCUGCCCUCCGGCAAGCAGCAACAGACUACCUCAAGAAGAUGUUCUUAAACGACUGA